AUGGAAGUCGGCAUAAUCGGUUCUGGGAUCAUCGGACUCACGUCUGCUCUUGCCCUCGUCGAUGCAGGAUACUCUGUGACCAUCAUCGCCCGUGAUUUACCUGGGGACGAUUCUUCUCAGCAGUGGGCAAGCCCUUGGGCUGGUGCUGGCAUUCUUCCCCACCCGGACUACAAAGGACAUGAUUUGCAGACCGAGAGCUUCAAGUUCUACUGGGCACUCGCCCAUCGUGAUCCGACAAGUGGAGUACAGGUGGUAGAUGUAACUGAGUACUAUGAUGACCGAGACGAUGAUUCUACUAUCUGGUAUAAACGUAUGGUACCCAAGUAUCGCCGUCUGCCAUCAAAAGAUCUUCCAGCAAACGCCAAAAUCGGAUUCAAAUAUCAAUCGAUGACUGUCAACCCAGCAGUAUUCUUGCCUUGGAUUAAGGCGGUGCUAGACAAGAAAGGGGUUUGUUUCAUCCGCGCUGAAGUCAAGUCCGUUGAGGAGGCCAGGUCAAUUCUACAGACAAAGAGAAUCGUCAACGCGUCAGGCCUAGGGGCUUUCCACCUUGCGAAUGACAACAAAGUGGUCGCCGUUCGUGGCCAGACGAUGCUUGUCGAAAGUGAUUCUCACGAAAUGGUCAUGUUUCAGGGCUCUCAUUACACCUACCAGAUUCCGCGGAUGUACAGUGGCGGCGUGAUUGUUGGAGGAGUCAGUCAGCCAGGCAACAUGGAUCAAAAGGUUGACCCUGAAGUACGGUCAGAUAUUUUACGACGCAUGAAGCUCGUCAUGAACGACCAGUAUCAGGGUGUUGAUCUAGACAAGCAUGUCAUGAAGGAUUUGGUUGGGUUCCGACCGAGCAGAGAAGGAGGAUAUCACCUGGAGCGGGAGGAUGACGUGAUACACGCCUAUGGCUUCAAUACUCUGGGUUAUACAUAUAGCUAUGGCGUGGCUUUGAAGGUCCGAGAUCUGGCCACGUCCGCUACCAUCGAGGAGGCGGCUGUGCGGAGCAAACUUUGACAUGUCUUUAGUCUUCUUAAAUAUCCAUUGAUUUUUCACCAGCAC